UUCGAUGCAUGCUUCAUGAAAGGAAGCCAAUCUUACACUAAAAAUAAGUGAGGUUCACAUUAAAACUGGUUGUAAACAAACGCAGACAUGUUGGACGUACUAAAACCGGAGUUUUUUGCUCUCAAGUACAACUUUUCAUCAAAAAAUGAGUCGCUGUAAAAAUAGUGGUUGGAUACUUUUGUAUUCUUUCGCUGCUGGUUCACUGAGUUUUUAUGCGGUGCGGUAGCAAUGGAAAUGUGGAGAUUUCUUUGAGGUUAAAUAUGCUUGGUGUUUGAGUUGUGUUUGGUGUGUGUAAAAAUGACUUGUAUGUGCUUGUAGCCGAGUUUCUCAUGUUUAAUUUGACUAUUAGUAUGACUAUUUCUACAUAAUAAGGGCAGUGUUGUAUGCCUUUUGCUGCGAGAGUGAUCGAGGUCGAGCUUAAAAGCUUUAUAUCUGUGAUAAACAUUUGACCAGUUUGUAAUCAGUAGAGGGACAGCUCUUUAAAAUUAUCUGUGAUGGGUUUAAAACUGACAUAUGGGUCAGGAUAUAUAUUUUCUCAUCUUUGUAGGCUAUAUGAGGUUGAAAGUACACCUUUUACUCCUAAUGUCAAAUGUGUUAAUGUGAAAUGAUCCUACUUGAGGAAGCUAAUGUAAUAAAUAGCCAUCGUGCAUAAUGCAUGCUUGAAUGGAUGUAACUGUCCAUAUCUGUGUUGCGUCCUUUACAGUGUUUUAUUGGCUUCUCAACAAAACAAUACCCAGUUUUCUACCUUUUCUUUCAGCAGGUUGGGAUUCCUAAGAAGCUGGUCUAUAUUGCUCUCUAGUGGUCGACGACAGAUACAGCACCUUUCCUUUCCCGCCCACAGCGGAAAUUACGUCAGCAGACUUCCGGGACGCCACACAUUGAUAAACAUGGCGUCCGUGACAACAGCCACCUCCGAGUGGAUUCAGUUCUUCAGGGAGGCUGGGAUCCCUGCCGGGCUCGCUGUAACCUACGCCGUUUCCUUUGCGGACAACCGGAUCCAGAAGAACAUGCUGAUGGACUUGAGCAAGGAGAUCAUGAUGGACCUGGGCAUCACGGUCAUCGGCGACAUCAUCGCGAUCCUGAAGCAUGCUAAACUGGUCUACAGACAGGACAUGUGCAAGAUGGCCACUGAAGCCAUCACCUCAGGGCAGACCAGCGUCCAGGCAGAACUCCGCCGGACAGCCCACACCCCCGCCACGCGUAUGAUCGCCAACGCCUUGAGCCGGGACUCGCCCCCCAGCACGCCCAACCGACGCCCGGACAACCGUCUCCCGGACAACCGCCUCCCGGACAACCGUCUCUCCGUCACCGUGUCCAACAAACAGGCCAGCAAGAGCGGGAAAACAGUCGUAACCCAGCCUGCGGACGAGGGGAAAGGCUUGCCUGCCGUGAAACGACGGCGUGUAACCGCGGAGAUGGAAGGCAAGUACAUCGUCAACAUGCCCAAGGGUACUACAGCGCGCACACGCCGCAUCUUGGCCCAGCAGGGGAGGAAAGGCUCCAAGCGGAUGUCUGUGUUCGAGCGGCUCGGAGCGGAGGCCAAGGCGGAAGCGACCAACACCAGCGGCACCAAGCCCUCCGGGGUGUUCAGCCGUCUGGGCCAGGGGGGGGCCGAGGAGGCGGAGCCGCGUCCCGCUCCUGGCGGGGGGGGCUCGGCUAGCGCCAGCCAGGAGGAGGAGGAAGAGGAGGAGGAGGAGGAGGAGGACAGCGACGGAGAGGGCUCCGUGCUGCAGUACGCCGGCGUCCUCAAGGCGAGCCGCGCCCCCGCCCCGCCCAAGAAGAAACAGGCCCCGCCCAAGGCCCCGCCCACUGCCAUGCGGCGCCUGGGGGGCAAGGUCAAGCACCCGGCGGGGGCCCCCCUGUCGGCCCCGUCCUCCACGGGGCCCCCGCCCAAGCUCAGCGUGCUGCGGCGGCUGGGGAAGCUCCCCGCCGCCGCCGCCGCCCCGGGGCCCGACAUGCAGGACAAUAGGGUGAGCAGCACCAGGGCGCGGCCCCUGGCCAGCCCCAAGGUGAGCAGCACCACGGCCCCCCCGCCCGGGGACUGCCUGGGGGCCCAGAUGGACGCGGGCUCCGUGAGCGUCUUCAGGAGGCUGGGCUGCAAGAACAAUUAGGGGCCCCCAGGGCCCCCCCCCCGGAGGGAGCCUGACGGGGUUAUGUUUAGUAUUCUUACUGGUGAGCCGUUCCCCCCCGUCGUGGUGUCUGUGGCUUUGUGGUCAGGUCUUGUCGUUACUUUGAGCAGUCGUCGGGGCGGUCUGGUGGCGUGUUUUCUUUGUUUACUGCCCAGCGCUGUCUGCGCGUCUUGUUCCCUCCUGAAGCCUGAAGGAGGGUCACGUUGUGGCGCACACACUCGGCUUCACUAAAGGCUCCGGGGGUUCAUCUCUCCAUCGCACACUCCUUCCUGGGUAUUUUAUGUUAGCGUUAUUAAGGCAUGGGCUUCCCGCUUAUGACGGGUUUAGCAUCCGAUGUACCGUAUAACUGAGUUUUGUUGUAGAAGAAGAUAAGGCUUCCUAGAAUGCGUUAUAAGGAAGACAGAAAUAUUUU